GGCUAAAGGGCCAGCAUAACGCAACAUCAGCAUUAACACACCUACACAGCAUGUUUAAACUUAUUUUGGCAACAGUUUUUAUAACUUUGGCAGUCGCAGCUGCUAAAAAUAAUGAUACCAUCACAAAAUUCGUUAGUCAGGUGAACUCAGAUGGUACCUAUGGCUACGAGGUGGAACAAUCGAGUGGCGUGGAGUACAAAGAAGCGGGUUUCGGUGGCCAUUAUGCUAAUGGUGCCUAUCAGUAUGUUUCGCCUGAGGGUAAAAGAAUUGCCGUAGUUUAUACAGCUGAUGAAACCGGUUUUCAUCCUAAAUCGGAUUCUAUUCCUACACCACCACCAAUUCCCGCUUAUAUACUAAAAGCUUUAGAAUAUAUACGUGAACAUCCUACGAUCGAGGAAUUGGCGGAUCGUAAAGUGAGAGCUAAACAGGUGUGAAAAGUUGUUGCUUUUAGUGGGGAGUAGUUUUUUUAGAGUAUUAAGUUUGUAUUUUUUGUUAU